GUGUCCCACCUCCAACGUUCUCGGGCCACCUUGGCCCCCGCUCCCAUUCGUCCCCAUCCGCCUUUAUACACUCCACCCAUCAUUCCUGUCCCUUCCAAAAGCCAUAGGCGAAGAACCGAUCCGUUGCUUCUCUGCUUCCGUCCUCACUACUUUCUUCUACUUUUUCGAUCGCUCUCGAUCAUCCUCCAUGGCUUCAAGGAUGUCGAAUCUGUGGCGAUCCGUCGCGAAUUCUCGGCGAUUCGCAACGUCGACGGCCCAAAAGAUGAAGGCCUUCACACCAACUGCAAAUGAUUUCGUGGGCCCACAUCAUGCCCCCAAACCAAGGGGGGACUUUGUGCCGGUGUAUGUGGCGCUGGGGCUGAUAACGUUGUCGGUAUCUUUCGGGCUGUACACGGCGGAGCACGAGCUGCUGUACGCGCCCAACGUGCUGGUGAGCAAGAAGAAGAGGGAGAUGGUGCCGGAGGUAGAGGACCCCGAUUGGGCCGCCCAAGAGGCCGACCGAUUCGUCCGCAAAUCCAUCUUCCGCAAGAUCGGCCACCUCCAGGACUUCGACGUCGUCCGGGCCGGCAUCUCCGAUCCCACCCGGGCCAACGUGCCGAGGAAAGUGGAAACACUGAAGUCGGUUGGGGUGGACCCACGAGGCCACUAAGAAGGCUCGCCAGGUCUUGGGCUAAGGAAUAUUGAAAGUAUUCACCUUUGUAAAUAUGGUGUUAUGUUCAUGGUUUGUUUGCUGUAAAAAGGGUCGAUUCCUUCCUUCUGAAGUGCGUCUUUAAAGGGAGGGUCUGCCUUUUCUCUCUCUUGGGUGCUCCUGAAUCCUGCUGUAAAUAAGAAAUAAUUUCUGGGGUUUUAUCCUAAUAAUACAGCCAAUUCUGCA